UCCAGUGCUGCUAGAGUGCCGGGGCUGUGCUAUGGGUGGCAAUUGCUUUGCUGUAACUUUUCAUACCUUUUCAUUGCUUCUAAUUUAAAUACUUGAUUGAACCAAACCAAGACCAGCUCUUCUCAUAAUCAGGAUAAACGAACACGCAACAACAUUCAUUAGCGUAGACUGACAUUCACUAUAUCCAGCUGCCAUGGCACUAUGCAGAGGAAUGCUGUGGACCCUUAUAUUUCUUGGAUCGAUUUUUCUCAUCAUGUCCGUUUACGGAUGGGACAGGUUCUAUUUAAAAAGAGCUGAAAGGAUGCAUAACUUACAGGAAGGGAGAAAACAGCUGCUAAAAGAAAUCUGUGACAAUGACAAACAGGCCAUUUCUAAGGGGAAACGCAAUCUUGAAGACUUGAGUGACAGUGAGCUGGAGAACCUCGUUGUGGAUGACAAGCACGGCAUCAUCUACUGUUACAUUCCCAAGGUUGCAUGUACCAACUGGAAGAGGGUGAUGUAUGUACUGAAACACGGGGAGCCAUAUCAGGACCCUAGUUCCAUAUAUGAUCAGUACGUUCAUGGCCUUGGCAACUUAUGUCUUUUAAGCAGCUACCCAAGAAUAGAGAGGAAGGCAAAUCUGAAGCACUACACCAAAUUCCUGUUUGUACGGGACCCGUUCGUCCGUCUCAUCUCCGCCUUCCGAGACAAAUUCGAAGACUCGAAGAACGACUACUACUAUAACCCCCUCAGCCAACACAUCCAGCGUCUCUACGACCACCCGCCUUAUCCACCACGCAUUACAUUUUACAACUUUAUUCAAUAUCUUCUGGACCCACAGACUGAGCAGAAUCUGCCCUUUAAUCCUCACUGGAGGCAGAUGCACCGUCUUUGCCACCCCUGCCUCAUACAGUAUGAUUUCAUUGGCCAUCAGGAGACUCUACAGGAUGAUGCUGAACAGCUACUGAACACCUUAAAGCUGCAGAACGACAUUAAGUUCCCUCCUUCCUAUGUCAACAUUACAACUCCUGAGUAUUUGUCAGGCUGGUUCAGAAAAGUGCCUCUAGUGGAAAGGAUGAAGCUGUACAAGCUCUAUGAAACUGACUUUAAGCUGUUUGGCUACAGAAAGCCAGAUGAAUUGCUUGAUGGUUGAGAGGAAGUCAUGAGAACUUCACUCCUCUCUAUGAAACCAAUAAGCACAAAAACCACAGCAGUUACUGCUCAGCCAAGAGCAGACAUUCCUUUUCUGUAUGAAGCGACAACCAUUCAAUAAAAGUAACUUAAUAAAAGAAGCAAAACAAAAGACUGUUUAAUUAAAGAAAAAGAGUUGCAGAGAAAAUCUUUCCCAGCUCGAGAAGAACAGAGCUCUCAUACCUGGAGUGUAUCAGGAGGUCUGACCGCAAACAUACAAAGAGAAUACAUCAUAACAUAAAGUCGUCUUUAUAAUAUUCCUGUCAGUAACUGAUGGUGAAAUGUUCGCUCUGCUUGAAGUGAAAACCUCUUUUCUCACAGUGUCAUUCUGUUUUAGAUAGGAAUCUGAACAGGCGCACAGAGUACCGUAC